AUGCCUCACGCUACACAAACACAGGCCCCUGAGGCUCCAGAGGAUGCCGAAUUUGAUAAUGUUAUGCGACAACUGAACAAUUACGAGGGUGGCCCAGAGUUCGACUUCUUGACCCGAGAUCUGGACGUUGGCGAGAAGGCGGAGGACGCAAUCGACUUUGAAGACUUUGAAGAUGACGAACUCCCAGAGGAGGAAGUGCCUGGUGCACCUCAGCAGCCAGCAGCGAACGAUGCGCACGAUGAUCUUUUCGCCGAUCUAGGAGCAGACGACACGGGGCUUUUUGGGCCAAACGACGAUCUCUUUGGAGGCAAUGGCGACGAAGCAAACUUUCAAGAUGGGGAUGGGAAUGGAGAGGGCGAUAAUUUGGAUGACCUGUUUGGUGAAGGGCCCGCCUCUCCUCCUCCUGCUGGCCAGGCGGACGACACCCGGGAUCUCUUCGAGGACGACGAGCCUACAACGAAUGAACAACCCGUCGAAACACCACAGGAGCCGAUAACAAAAUUGGAUCAAGACCAGCCUUUACCUUAUGAAGUGGAGGAAGAUGAUAUGCUUGACGACGCCAGUGUCUUCUCUGAGGAAAUGGAUGAAGCAACCCUGCGGGCCUGGAAGCUUCAGCAACAGCUUUUCGCGAUGUCUGGGAAAGCCGGUCCCGAGAAUCUACCUGCACCGCCGGAAAAUCAUGAAGAGCUUCUCCACUCUUUGUUCCCAAGCUUCGACCGCCAUACCCUUCCGCGCUGGCUCGAGAUUAUUCCUCACAAGAAGGCAUUUUACAUUGGGAAGCAGCCUCUCAAGGUGCCCAAGCCCGUCCUUCCGACAAAAGUCAACAUUGAACUUGCUCCCGACCAGGAACGUGUCUUCAAAACUGGACAGCCGAACAAGCGAGGGGCUGAUCAGGAGUCUCUGGGUAUCGUGAUGAUUACGGAGACUGCGCAAGGGGAGGAGGAGGAAGCAGACGAAGAAGAAAAGGAAGAUCUCGACUUGGGUGAUGCUGAUGCCGAUGAGAUUCUUCCUGGGGGAUUCACCAUGCAAGACCUGCGAACAAUAUGUGUCGAUUGGGAUGUUCAAGACAAUAUUCCUCAGGUAGCAGAGGAGGCUCCUCCUUCCGUUCGCAAAGCUUCUGCGUCUAAGCAAUCCGAUGCCUUCAUCGAUGAUGACGAUGCGGACUGGUUGAUGGAUGACAAUCCUCCCCAAAAGAAACGGAAGACGGGCACGGCACCUAUCGACAUCAUUGCUCUAUCUCAUCUAGACAUCCCUCUCCUAGAUGAGCCAGAACAGGCGGUGGCGCAGGUCGCGAAAAAGGUCAUCAUCGACAUGAAUGACCCAAAUAUUCUUGUGGAGGAAUUGAGACCUGACGCCGUGCCGCCAAGACCAAAACAGACAGGUCCUCGAAAUCGAGAGGACGUGGAUACCAACCUCACUCGCAAACUCACUUCUCGUUACAAUAUUUCCAACGACCAGGCUUACGAUAUGCUCAAGCAAAAUCAUCAGAACAAGAUUCGAAGUACCCUUGGCAAUGUCACUUUGGAGCACGCUUUACCAGCCUUGCGCUUGCAGUGGCCUUACUAUAAGACCGAGUUACAAAAGACCGAAGCCCGAUCCUUCCACAGACCAGCCUUGAAUUUCCGAGCCGGGCAAACCUCUUGGUUCAAAAACCCUCCGCACAUCAAACGCAAGCAUCUGAAAGGCAAGGAUGCCAAAACGCUGUUCGACUCGACAAAGUCGCUUUCAUUGGCCGAUAAUUCAAGCGCUCUUCUGGUGGAAUAUUCCGAGGAAGUUCCUAUGGUUCUCUCCAAUUUCGGCAUGUGCAAUCGAUUCAUCAAUUACUAUCGGAGAAAAAACCCCGACGACCCCACGCGCCCAAAGGCAGAGAUUGGUGAGACAGCCGUUUUGCUCCCGCAAGACAAGAGUCCCUUUUCUAUCUUCGGGCAUGUCGAUCCGGGCGAGAUAGUUCCAGCAAUCUCCAACUCCAUGUACAGGGCGCCCCUCUUCCCGCAUCAAACAAAAUCAAAUGAUUUCCUUGUCAUCCGGAGCACUACCGGCUCAGGGGGUAUGAGUUAUUUCAUUCGAAAUAUUGAGAACUUUUAUGUUGCGGGACAACAGUUCCCAUCCGUCGAUAUCCCUGGACCUCAUUCACGAAAGGUCACUACCGUUGCGAAGAAUCGCAUGAAAAUGCUAGUCUACCGACUUCUCAAAAAGAGUGCCGAUGAACGGCUUGCAAUCUCAGAUGUGACGGCACAUAUUCCUGGUACUACCGACAUGCAAAAUCGUCAAAAGGUCAAAGAUUUCCUGCAGCACGACAAGGACACCAAAUACUGGAAGCCAUUGGAUCCAGUCCUCCCGGAUCAAGAUACCAUCCGAUCCUGGGUUCAGCCCGAAGAUGUCUGUCUGUUAGAGUCCAUGCAAGUCGGACAACAACAUCUGCAUGACACUGGUUUCGGAAACGACGCCGAAAAUAGUAACGAGAACGACGAAGACGAGGAGGGUGAAAGCUUCGAACAGCAGAUGGCCCCUUGGAAGGCAUCCCGCAAUUUCCUUUUGGCCUCUCAGGGCAAGGCCAUGCUUAAGCUCCACGGCGAAGGCGACCCUACUGGCCGUGGUGAAGGUUUCAGUUUCAUCAAAACGUCAAUGAAGGGUGGCUUCAAGGCCAUUGGUGAAAGUGUUGAAGAUAAAUUGGACGCACAACGGCUCAAGGAGCUUGGCGGGCAUAGUUACAAUGUCGCCCGCCAACAAAAAUCCUACGAAACCUCUAUUCGACGCAUCUGGGAUGCGCAGAAAGCCAGCCUCUCUUCCACCAUUGAGCACUCGGAUGAAGAGAGCGACAUUGAUCAGGGAGAAAUGGAGGAGUUCAACAAGCCUACUCCUCGAUCCGAAGCUCCCACGCCUGCACCUACCAGGCGCUACGACGACGAAACCACCAGUCAGUUCAGUCGCAUGAGUUUCACUAGCCAGAAAGGGAAAGUUCUUCGAAUCACCCGACAGUAUAAAGCUCCCAACGGCGAGAUUCUGGAGAAGGAACAGCUUGUCUGGGAUCCACGAGUCAUCCGACAGUACAUUCAACACCGACAUCGCUCCGAAGCCCUCACAACCAAACUGGAGUCUCUGCAGCCAACCGGCGACCCGGAGGUGGACGCUCGCAACCGCAAACUGAUCGAAGCCGAGCUCAGUCGUCUCAAUCGAAACAAGGAACGCCGUUUCGCCCGCGAGAAACAAAAGGGCAUCUCUCGAGCAGGCGAUUCGCCCGCAGAUGGCAAACCUGCUGGAACGCAGCGCAAGUGUGCCAACUGUGGUCAAGUUGGACACAUCAAGACCAACAAAAAGCUUUGCCCUUUGCUGAAUGGAACGAUGAAGCCCGAGGAUCGAGUCACGGACUCGGCAUUCUCUAUGAGCGCUCCCAUUCUGUAA